CGGACAGACCAGUAGACCACUCCUCCCGACAUUGCCGGAAGUGGGCGUUCGUUCGUGGGCGCGCCUGCCUUUGCUGCCUCUGGAGAACGAGGACGAACGACGAUGCAGCCGCGUGGGCGUGGCGAGAGGAUGUCGGCGGCGGUGAAGAAGGGGCCGUGGACGGCGGAGGAGGACGAGGUGCUGCGGCGGCACGUCCGGGAGCACGGCGCCUGCGAGUGGAGCUCCAUCCGGUCCCGCGGCCUCCUCCCCCGCACCGGCAAGUCCUGCCGCCUCCGCUGGGUCAACAAGCUCCGCCCAAACCUCAAGACGGGUUGCAAGUUCUCGGCGGAGGAGGAGCGGGUGGUGAUCGAGCUGCAGGCGCAGUUCGGGAACAAGUGGGCGAGGAUCGCCACGUACCUGCCGGGCAGGACGGACAAUGAUGUCAAGAACUUCUGGAGCACGCGCCAGAAGCGCCUCGCCAGGAUCCUCAGGGCGCCGCUGCGCCCGCGCACCAGGAGGUCCGCCGCCGCCGCCAAGCGGCAGAUCCGCGCCGGCGGCAGCGGCGCUGUUUCUUCUUCUUCCCCUUCCACUGCCGCGGCGCCAUCACAUUCGCAGGAGUUGCUGCCGACAGGCCAGGCUUCCGAGCCUCUGUACCAGGUUCAGGAUCACCGUCCCUGCUUCGACAUGAUCCCCUUCCACGAGCCGACGAUGCACGAUCACCACAUCAUCGGCCAGAGUUGGAGCCAAGAACCGCCGCCGCUCACUCAAUGCGCCGACGCCGGCAAGCAGAAUGGCGAGUAUCUAUGCCAGGUUCAGGUUCGGGAGCGUCCCUGCUUCCCCACGAUCCCUUUCCAACAGCCACCGCCGUUGCCGACGACGCGCCACUACAUCAUCGGUCAGAGCAGUCAAGAACCGCCGUCGCCGCCGCCGAUGGCCAACCCUCGGUGCGCCGACACGUCAUUAUUGUUCCCAGGACUGCUUGGCCCCGGACCCGUCCCACCGUCUCCGGUCGCCGGGUUCGCAUCCGCCACAGGAAUAUGCGGCAGCUCGUCCUACGGUGCCGCCCCUCCAGCUCUUUCUUUCCACCACCCGCUGUCCUUCCUCUGCGCCGGUGACCCCACGCCGAUGGUCGAUCCGGCCGCCACACUUGCGGGCAAUGGCGGCGUCCCCUACUUGGAGCCGAAACCGGAGCAGGCGCAGCAGCCGCCUCCUCUCGGGUUCUUUGGGCUGGAGGAGGAAUACGUUGACGAGUAUGGUCUCCUCGGCGGGUUGGUGCGGCGGGACACGAUUUUCGAUGACCUUGCACCAGAGAUGUUUGACUUCUUUGAGCUCUCGCCAUCGCCGCCGCCGCCGUCCACUGGUUUGUAGAUCGAUGCCACUGACUCAUGACUGGAGCAUCCGGAUGACUAAUAAUGCGUUGAGUCUGACGUGCACCCUAGCUUAUUAUAGCAUCCACUAAUCUGAAAUGCUGCUCCGUUGUUGUUUCAUUGUGCAAUUGUAACAUUAUUUUUGUGCUCAUAUAGAUGGCUAGCUGGGUAUCCUGAGCAGUACUAGAAGGAAUUAUGUUAACAUGUGUAUGUGUUUGAUCGAGUUCAUAUAUACUGCAUUGUGGUU